UUGAUUUUCUUUGCUCUUUUUUCUACCAUUUUUGUUGUUACUAUUAUUAUUAUUAUUAUUAUUAUUAUUAUUAUUAUUAUUUACUUUUGAAACAGCUAAAUAGACCCUCCUAUGGGCAUAGCUGCCUUAACCCUUUGAGGUGGAAUUCUUCGCUCCUAUUAACAAACCUUACAGUAUCUCUUAUGAAUAUUUUGCACAACUGUUGUAGAGUACCUUCUUCUCUGUACUGUGCAUGAUAUUAAUUUCAGUGUAAAGGCUGCACAUCUUUAACUGACUGUAUAGUUUUCAUUAAAAAAAACAAUAUUUUUUAAAAAUAAAACUGAUUAUAGCAUCCAUUAAUUCUCUAUAAUUUAAUGUAUACUGUCAUGUACAGCUUCUUUUUAAAUUAUUAUACACUCCAGCACUUAAAAAAUUCCUGAAUUCUUGAAAUGUGAAAGAAGCAUUAUAUCCUACUUGAUAUUCCACUGGUUCCAUUAUUUUUCUAGCCAAUUCUAUACCUUUUUUUUUUUAACCUGAACACUAGGAAUAAGCAACUGUCCAGUACCUUCCUCUGAGUAGCCCAAAUCUCAUGAGAUUGGAAUAGUCAUGCAAAGUUUCCUCAUUCUCACAAGAAUUUGGUCCUGUAGAUUUGUUUAGCUUAACUUGGAAUUCUGUGAAUUUCAUUGUAAGACUUGAUGGAAACUGGCUUUUUUAAAAUUAAUAUUUUUUGUAAGAAUGCUUCCUGAUUCCCAAGUAUAAACAAAAGGAUUUUGGGUAAUGAAACAUCUGCAAGACAACUAUCAAGCUCAAAGAGCACCAAGGAAUCAUAAGCAAACAGAAUUCUCAAAAAAUGAAAAAAAAAACUAUGAGAAAUGUGAGCUGCUAUUUUGGAAAGUGUCUCCUCCUGCUCAGAAAAAUGACAAGGUAUGUCUGAGAGAGUAGAGAUGUAAUUUGUCCAGCCAGGCAGCCAGACUGCUCAUGAUUAUUCUCAACAUAAGAUUGAUAAAACAUUAUUUCCCCUUGUGAUACCUUCCAAAUGUUUUGGGAUGACGCUUCUCAGAAUUCCCAGGCUAUGUGCUGGAUGAUUGUUCUGGGACCCGUCCUAACACAGCUGGAGGAUGCUAGGACGAGAAAGGAUGAUCCAGUUCUAUGUUCCACUCCUGCUUAUGAAUGCAACCAAUUAUAAAAAAUGUUUGUUGAUAACUAGGUAAAAAGUCACUACAACUAACACAUAUAUUACAAGGUGCCUUUUUUUCCCCAAAGGACCAAGCAUAUUAUUACUUUUUUAUUUUAAUGCCAGAAUCUGUACCCGUUUUUUUGGCUGGUAAUCAACUGCAUUUAUUAAGAACUGGGCUUAUCUUAAAGCAAUCUUCCUGAUUUGGGUGGUGGUGGUGUGUGCAGACAUUUAGUUACCUGUCAGUGUGGCCCAGAGCUACUAUUAUUGGACAAUGUGUGGCUUGCGGGUGGGGUCUGAUCAGUCAAACCUGCUUGGCAAGUCCCCAGGCCUGACUCACUAAAGAGACAGGUGGAGCCCUGCUCUGGCAGCGGUGGUCACACAGAGGCCAUCAGUCCUGCACAGAGCCAAGCCCUCGCAGCACCAUGGCUCUGAGUGUCAGCAUCAAGAGGGUCUUCCAGCUGCCAGGGACUGGGGAGAGGCAGGUGCACAUCAGCUUUCGAGGAUUUACCCAGAAAACAAAGAAGAUACGCUGUGGCCAGGAAGCAAUCUUUGGAGAGCUCUUUCGCUGGCCACAUUAUGGAAAGUUCAUUAUGGAAGAAAUGUUGAUAGUUAAAGUUUACAACUGCAGUAAAGUAUUCAGUAACAGAUUACUUGGCACCUUAGUUAUCAGCCUUCAGCAGUUGGUAAUGUCUGGACGACUGAACAUCAGAGAGGCUCUUGUUGAUAAAAACCAUAGCAUUACUGGGAUAUAUAUUGAAUUGGAUUUGAGAUAUCAACCUCCGGAUGGUGCUGCAGGGACAUGGGUUGAGGAAGAUUUUGUCUACCACAUGAAAGACAGCUCUGAGAUUAUAAUUCGCAACCCAGGAUUUGAAGAGUUAGAGGUGGCUGAUGCAAAACGAGCCGCUGACCUGGAUAGGAAGGCUGCAGUGCUGGGCAGGAAGCUUGUCAAAGGUCUGGAAACGGAUGAUGAAGAAGACGAUUACUACGAUGUAUCUGAUAUGGAGUUCUCUGGGAUUGUCUUCAGUUCUGUAAAGAGCCGUUCUAGGGUUUUCUCCAAGUGGGAUCCCUGUGCAUCUCCUAGACCACAGAACUUCCAGAUUGGCAUCAACAUCAUUGAAGCUCAGAAGUUGGUUGGAGUUAAUAUUGACCCUUUUGUGGUAGUGAAAAUUGGAGGUGAGAAAAGACACACAGCAACACAGAAAUCCACCAACUGUCCUUUUUACAAUGAGUAUUUUAUUUUUGAUUUUCAUGAACCAAGAGAUAUUCUAUUCCACAGACUGAUAGAGAUUUCUGUCUUCCAUUCAAAGAAGAUUCCUUUCCUGGGCACUCUCAUAGGCACUUUCAAGAUAGAUCUUGAGACUGUAUACAAUCAGCCAGACCAUAGGUUCUACCAGAAGUGGGCUGUGAUUAAUGACCCAAAGGACACCAGAGCAGGAAUAAAAGGCUUUGUAAAGUGCAACAUUUCUGUCAUGGCUCGGGGGGAUGUAAUGGGUUCCUUUCCCACCUCAUCCAGCAGUCAGAAUGAAGACAUUGAAAAGAACUUAUUGCUUCCUAAAAAAGUUCCAGCUGAGAGACCCUGGGCCAAAUUCUGCAUCAAAAUAUACAAGGCAGAUGGUUUGCCCAGUAUGAGUGCAGGAAUCAUGGGUGGCUUUUCAAAAAUCGUGAGUGAGAAGAAAGUCUUCAUUGAUCCUUAUGUGCAGAUUUCUUUUUCUGGACAGCAGGGAGAAACAUCAGUUGAAAGUAGCACUACAGAACCAAUUUGGAAUGAACAAAUAACAUUCAUUGAGAUGUUUCCACCUCUUGUUCGAAAAAUAAAAGUCCAGCUACUGGAUGAUGCAAACAUUGGAGAUGUUGCCCUUGCUACACAUUUCAUUGAUCUGCAACAAAUAUCUGACCCUGGGAGAAAUGGCUUUAACCCGACUUUUGGACCAACUUGGAUAAAUUUAUAUGGUUCAUCCCAGAAUUCAACCUUGCGAGAUAUACACAAAGAUCUCAAUGAAGGUCUAGGUGAAGGCAUCUUCUAUCGUGGACGCCUUCUUAUGGCCAUUACAGUAGAGAUUUUCAGUACUAUCCAGGCAGCAGAAAAGAAGCCAGCAGAAGUUCUUAAAGGGGCCUUAAGCAAACUCAAGCUGAAGAAGAAGAGCAAAAAGGCCAAAGAGAAGUCCAAAACUUCUGUCAAGGAACAUCAUCAAAGCCAGGCUGAUUUUGGUACCACUGAGGAGGCUGAACAACCAAGUGAAGUGAUUGUGGAGGUAGAGGACCUCUAUCCUCUCCCAGAGAAUGCCCUAGGAGUGAAAGAAGAAUUUCUUCUCUUUGCAUCAUUUUUUGAAGUGACUAUGAUGGAUCCUUCAGUAGGAACCAAACCUGUAAAGUUUGAAAUCUCUAUAGGGAACUAUGGGAAAACUGAAGAAGUUACUACUAAGAUAUCUGUGAAAGGUGAGAAGGGAGAAAAGAGUGAAGAAAAACAGCCUUUGCUAGAUCCCCUUUCAGAUGAAGAGCUGGAUGUUGAAGUCAUGCCUCCAACUACAAUUUUGCUUGAUAAGUCUGUAACUGUGAACCAAAGACCAGAACCCACUGAAUAUGACAGCUCUUACAGCUGCCUCCCAAUGCUGCAUGAGAAGCCCUGUGUUUAUGUAUGGAGCUACUGGGAAGACUACACCUGGAGACUCUAUAAUUCCAACUGGAUUGUCAAAAUAGCAGAGCGUUUGGGGCACGGACUAGAAGAUGUAGAGAAACUCUUGAGGAGACCAAGAUCAAAAGCAGAUGAGAGGCUUCGUCAGGUUUUGGAGGAAUUUGUUGCUGGAUGUAGUGCCUCUAAUUUCAGACAGUAUUCUCUCAAUGUGGACAAAAAACCAAUGACACGUCCAAAUAACCUUGACCGAUGUCGGAUGAAAUCUCUCCCACAAAACAUUAUACUCUAUGCAAAACAGGGACUCCGCAUAAGGAAGCGACUGACUAAGCUCAACAUCAAGGAGAAAGUAAAUGAGACAAAGAUAAUCCUGUCAAAGUUGCGCUUCCUGGCUAAAGAGCCUCAGUGUUCUAUUCCUGAUGUCCUAAUCUGGAUGUUUAGCAACAACAAGCGUGUUGCCUAUUCAAGGAUCCCUGCACAGAAUAUCCUUUAUGCAGUGGUAGAAGAGGAAAAAGGCAAAGACUGUGCAAAGAUCCAAACUGUCUUUCUAAAGGUUCCAGGGUCACGCACCGAAGAGAUCUUUGCAAAACUGGAAAUCUAUAUGUGGCUUGGGAUAACUAAGUAUGUGAAGAACAGUACUGCAGAACUUCCAGAAGAAUUCAAACACAUCUAUGACAAGACACAGAAACUUGCAAGCAUUCCAAAAUACUUCCCACCCAUCCAACUCAGCAGAGAUGACUUCAGUUACUUUCAGCUUCGAGGUCAUUUGUAUCAGGCAAGGGGAAUUCUUCCUGCUGAUGAAAAUGGCCUUUCAGAUCCGUUUGCAAAAGUGGUGUUUUCAACCCAGUGCCAAACUACAAUGGUAUUGGAAGAAACACUCAGCCCAAUGUGGAAUGAGUUACUUCUGUAUGAUCAGCUUAUAAUUGAUGGAAAGAAAGAGGACUUGAAGACAGAGACUCCAAUAGCUAUUGUCAAUAUUUUUGACUACAAUAAAUUUGGCUCACCAGAGUUCCUUGGUCGAGCCUUUGUUACCCCACAGGUGAAGCUGGUGGAUGAGCCUUACAGCAAACCUUCUCUCCAAUUUUUUGAUAUUUAUAAGGGCCAUAAAUCAGCUGGGGAAUUAAUUGCUGUAUUUGAACUGAUUGAACUGGAUUAUAGUGGUUACUUAGAGCCAUCAGUGCCUAAUGAUGUAGACCCCAAAGAGCCAGACUAUUUGGGGGAUCCCCGUUCUGGACGAUUCAUUAUUCCUGAGGGAAUCCGCCCAAUCCUUAAAGAAUUUCGCAUAGAGAUCUUGUUUUGGGGCCUAAGAGAUCUGAAACGUGUGAAUCUAUUUGAGGUUGACCAGCCACAGGUGAUAAUUGAAUGUGCUGGAAAGAAAGUGGAAUCAGAAGUGAUCACAACUUACAAAGAGAAUCCCAAUUUCAAUGAACUUGUUAAAUUUGUUAAUGUGGAACUUCCAGAACAGGUAUACUUACAUCCGCCUCUCAGUAUCUUUGUGGUGGAGAAGAGAGCCUUUGGACGCUCCGUCCUCGUGGGAACUCACAUAGUUUCUCAUAUUAUGAAAUUUGCUCCUAAAGAAGUAGAUGAACUAGAAGAGGAAACAGAUAGCCCCCCCAAGAAAAGGAAAGCAUCAGAUAAACCAAAUAUCUCCCAAAAGGUAAUGAACCUUGGUGCAGCUGCUGGGCAGACUGUAAUAAAUAUUGGUGCAGCUGCUGGACAGACUGUAAUAAAUAUUGGUGAAGCUGCUGGAGACUUAGGAAAUAAAGCUAACCCCCUCAAGCUUGUCAAGGCACCACUGAAAAAAAUUCCUAUUGAUAAAUUGGUACCAAAAGAGGAAGAAUUUGAGGAAGAAAAGCCUGAGAAGGAAGAACUGGAUUGGUGGUCUAAGUACUAUGAAUCAUUAAAGGAAUUAAAUAAACAGUCUCUUAGUGAUGAAGAAGAGGAUGAUGCAAAUGAUGCAGAUGGAGGGAAUCUGAAUGCUGCUUCUCUUGAUGAGGAUGUAGAAGAUGAAAUAGUUGUUGAAGCUGAGCCAGUUCGUCCCAAAAGGAAACUUAUAGCAACAUUAAAAAUUUAUAGUUCAGAACUAGAGAAUGAGUUUGACAAUUUUGAGGACUGGUUAUGUAUUUUUCCACUUCAUCGUGGAAAAGUUAAUGAAGAUGAAGAUGGGAAUGAGGAAGAAAAAUUUGUUGGGAAAUACAAGGGCUCAUUCUACGUUUAUCGCGCUGAAGAGGCAGGUCCAGAACAUAAGAUCUCCCAAGGCAUCCCCAGAAAUAGACCCAUCAAGGUUCUUGUCAGAAUUUAUAUUGUCAAAGCAACUAAUUUGACACCAGCAGAUCCCAAUGGCAAAGCAGAUCCUUAUCUUGUGGUAAAGAUUGGCAAACAACAAAAAGACACCAAGGACCGAUAUAUCCCAAAACAGCUCAAUCCAGUUUUUGGAGAAGUACUGGAGCUUUCAAUAUCCUUUCCUAUAGAAUCAGAACUCACCGUAUCAAUAUUUGACCAUGAUUUGGUUGGAUCUGAUGAUUUAAUUGGAGAGACCAAAAUUGACUUGGAGAACCGAUUCUAUAGCAAUCACAGAGCCAAUUGUGGAGUGGCCUCACAAUAUGACACAGAAGGCUACAAUAUAUGGCGAGAUGCUUUCAAACCCACGCAUAUCUUGGAAAGUUUAUGCAAGAAGAAUGCACUCCCCUCAGCUGAAUACAGGGCAGAGGAAGUCAAAGUCAAUAACAAGAUUUUUAAAAUUCCUCCUGAAGCUUUUCCUGAAGAAGCCUUGGCAAAAGACAACAUAGAAAGUAAUGAUGAAACCUGGUCUGCCUAUGAUGAGCACAAAGCUUUGUAUGUUCUUCAACACUGGGAUGAAAUGCCCGAGUAUGGAUGCAAAUUAGUACCAGAACAUGUGGAAGUUCGAUCCAUUUACAAUCUAGAAAACCCUGGUAUACUCCAGGGUUCUCUCCACAUGUGGAUUGACAUGUUUCCAAAUGAUGUCCCUGCGCCACCACCUGUCAACAUCAAACCACGACUGCCAAUCAGUUAUGAACUACGUGUUAUUAUCUGGAAUACAGAUGACGUGAUUCUUGACGAUGUCAAUCCAAUAACAGGAGAAAUUUCCAGUGACAUAUAUGUCAAAAGCUGGAUCAAAGGACUGGAGAAAGACAAGCAAGAAACAGAUGUUCAUUUUAAUUCUUUGACUGGGGAAGGCAACUUCAACUGGCGGUUUGUGUUCCGCUUUGAUUAUCUUCCAACCGAGAAAGAGAUAACUUACAAAAAGAAGGAUUCUAUUUUUUCUCUGGAAGAGUCAGAAUUUCGUGAACCAGCUGUCCUAGUCCUUCAAGUCUGGGACUAUGACAGGAUUUCAGCAAAUGAUUUCCUAGGAGCCAUUGAAUUAAAGCUGAAUGAUAUGGUGAGAGCUGCCAAGAGUUCAGAGCAGUGCACUAUCAAGAUGGCCAAGGAAAAGGCCAUGCCACGGUUUUCGAUCUUCCGAAACAAACGAAUGAAAGGGUGGUGGCCCUUCGUUAAAUUGAAAGGUCAGGAAGACAUCGAAAGGGAAGAGAGGGAGGCUAAGCAGAAGAAAAAGAAGAAGAAGAAGAAAUGGAGGAGAUCAGUUAAGCCAGAAGAUGUUGAGUUUUCAGAUCCUAGUGGGAACAUCUUCAUCUUAACUGGAAAAGUAGAAGCUGAAUUUCAGUUAUUGAUUAUAGAGGAAGCUGAAAAAAACCCAGUUGGUCUGGGGAGAAAGGAACCAGAACCUUUGGAAAAACCCAAUCGUCCCAAAACAUCCUUCAACUGGUUUGUGAACCCCAUAAAAACAUUCGUCUUCUUCAUUUGGAAACGGUAUAAGAAGUACAUCAUUGCAUUGCUGAUCAUUGCAAUUGUGACCAUAUUCUUGGUUCUUAUUCUCUACACAAUGCCUGGAUACAUCAGUGAGAAGAUAAUAAAUGGCUAAAGAAUUACUCUUCCUCUCCAGCAAAUAGGGAUUUAACAAGAGGAACAGAAGGGAGAUAACAGUGACUUUCUAUCAAAGAUCUUAAAGAACGUGGAAUAUAGCUGCCUAAUUAUUCGUACAGCAUUUUAAAAAUGCAUCUGCCAGUGGAAAAGAAAUGCUGCCUCUAUCUGAGCAGACAGCCUGCUCACAUAUAGGAUUCAUAACAGUCUUUGAAAUAUGUUUUUUACUUGUCAAUAGUUCCGAAGAUAAAGUUUUAUUGAAAAAUCGACUCUGUGGACUUUAUGGAUAAAAUAAAUAAAAGAAAGCAGAGGAGAUGUAGAAGCACUAAAAUUAGUCAUACAAAGAAGACUAACAGUUUUAUGCUGGUGCUGUUUGUGUUCCCAGAUCAAAUGUCUGUGGGAAAAUGAAUUUCAAUUAGUCAAAACACAUGCUAUAGAGAAAAAAAAAAUCCCAAUAUUAUAGAGCAAGAGAUGGUAAGCGGUAGUGGGAUGCAUUUUAUUUAUGGAAAAAUUAUCACUUGUCAUUGUUAGUAUUUUGUGUUUAUAUAACAGUACAUAAGAAAAUAGACUAUGUACCAAAUAGACUACGCAAACAGACCAAUUUUAACCAUGGGGGGGGGGAACUUUAGAAGAUGAUUGGAUCAACUUAAUUGCAUUUAUACCUCUGUUUCCUCAUAUAUUUACUAUAUCUUGGGUUGUGUUGUACCACACUGAAUAAAAUGCUAUGAUGAUGCACUGAGGACAAAAAAACUAUUAAGGUCUAGUUGAAUCUUUAGAAGAAUUAAGUGUAUCAAAUUCUUUGUCAGUUUUGCAAUGGAAGUGCAGAAAGGUUGUGCAGGUGCAAACUAUACUAACUUUUGUAGAUAAUCAAUCACAGUGAUUUUUUUUCUCUCCAACCAUGCCUACCAAAUUGCUAAUAAUAUAAUAUCCAGUUUGAGAGAGGUAGAGAUGUACUGCUGUUUGUGGAUUAGAACACUUAGACUGCUGGAAUACCAAGCCACAUUCAUCUUCAUAAGAAACACUCACGAAUGGGAAAGAUAGUUAAUAGUGUUAUAUAGCUUUUCAGUACCUUAGAUUCUAUUAAGUAACGUAAUUUGUAUGGGCUUUGGAUAUUUGGGCAAUUGUGAGAGCAUAUUGAAGUGCUUUCAUAAUAUGGAGUAUGUGGGUCAUCUAUUUGUGAAAUGGCUGCUAUGGUGGACAUGGCCAAACAAAGCAUUGGUUUUAUAAUCAAAAGACAGGAGAGAUUGUUCCCCAUCAUUUGUUCUAAGCUCUAAGGAAGUUAUCUACUUUUACUUUGGUCCUUAUUCUGGGUAAUCAGCCUACUACCAAACCACUGUCUGGACUCCAAAUGUAUCCACUCAGCUGGAGCUUCUGGGCUGAGCAGAGAUAAUUAGAGUCAGGCUAUCCCAGGGGCUGUGCCAUAAAGGGCCUUAUAGGAGAUAGUCAGCAUCUGGAACUGCACCCGAAAGCUUAUAGGAAGCCAGUGCAGUUUUAUAAACAAUUAAAUGAGAUGAGUACACUGAAUUUUGCUGCAGAUUUUUGUUGUAUGAGUCACAGCACAGUAAGUGGGGAAUCUAUGCAGUGCAAUAUUGCACAAUUUGUAAAAAAAAUAAGGCAUCAAAAAUCAGUUUAUAGCUGUCAACACUAAACUUUUAGGAACUCAGGUUGCUCUGCAAAUCAUGUUAUUGAUUAAUCUUUCGUUUCCAAAGGACCAACUGGCUCCUAAAUAUGUGCCAAAAUAGCUUUAGCUAAAGUGUGUCAUAAGCAAUAUGUAUGCAACUAGUACUACACUAAAUGAAGUGAUUUGAACAGAUAUGAACACACAAUUCCUUUCAAUGAUCAGACUACAAACAGUACUAGAAAACUAUUCGGAGUUCAGUGGGAGAUAGCUUCAAUUUGGUUUUGAAUAUUUGGAAAGUCCAGUGCUGAACCAAAAUUACAUUAUCCUUUGUGCCUUUUUUGUCUGCCAUACUGUAUGUAUCUCUUUGUACACAUAGUAAUCAGCAUCCAGGAAUUUAAAAAAAUGUUAACUUUAAGUAAAAAAAGUAUUUUAGCAUAAUUUUAUUUAUUUAUUUAUUAUGAAUGUAUACUCUGCCUUUCUGUUUAUGAAAAUACUUGAGACUGUUAAAUAUUUUAAAAAUACAAAAAAUAAAAUUUAAAAGCUUGGCAGAAGAAAGG